GGGUCACGUGACAACACACUUGCACCACCUGCGCCACAGUGGGUUGCGCAACGGUAGAGGCGGGGGUAGGUUUUCGAACGCAAAGGUACCAAACCCUUACCCUGGAGUAAGAUCGAGUAAAUUUUGGAACACGACCUCUGAAUCGGAUCUGUCGGCUGUCGGAAACGGUCGUGGUCGGAAAGCCGUCGGAGCAUCUCGGACAUUUCGGAGAAACCGGCUGCCUGCUGCCCGGCGUCAACAUGUUCAAAAAAUUCGACGAGAAAGAGCACGUGUCCGGCAUCACGCAGCUCAAGUCGUCGGUGCAGAAGGCCAUCAAGAACAAGAUCGUGGAGCAGUUCCCGACGGUCGAGAACUACAUCAACCAGAUCCUGCCCAAGAAGGACUCGCUAAGGAUCGUCAAGUGCCACGACCACAUUGAGAUCCUGGUGAACGGCAACGGAGAGCUGCUGUUCUUCCGGCAGAGGGAAGGGCAGUACUUCCCCACGCUACGACUGCUCCACAAGUACCCUUUCAUCUGUCCGUGGCAGCAAGUGGACAAAGGCGCCAUCCGGUUUGUGCUGAGUGGUGCCAACAUCAUGUGCCCCGGCCUGACGUCCCCCGGCGCCAGGAUGAGCAACGUGCCGAAAGGAACUGUCGUCGCAAUCAUGGCAGAGGGCAAGGAACACUCCCUGGCAAUCGGUUACACAGCGAUGUCGACAGACGACAUCGCAACCAUCAACAAGGGCAUCGGGGUGGAGAACAUCCACUACCUCAACGACGGCCUGUGGCACAUGAAACCCGUGAAGUGAUGUCGUCGUGCCAGGCGUGCUGCGCCAGGACGGCUCCCCGGGUGAAAGGACCGCCAGUAAAACUGUGAUUGUGCAAA